GGUUCAUUCUAAUUCCAAGAUGAAAGCAAUCUCGCUUUUUGCUGUAGGUCUUGUAAGUUCUACUUUGACCAUGAGCCUACCGACAAACCGUUUCAACUCUCGUAUAAUUACUCGGUUCAGCUAUGGAGACUCACAACUCGAAACUACCAAAAUUGCUCCGGAUCGGUCCAACUUGGCUUGCAGUGCAAUGUGUCUAGCCUCUGGGACGAGUUGCACUGGCUUUAAAGUGGAAAAGAAUCGGUGCCACCUUCUAAGGAGCUGGAGUUUCGCCGGAGAAUCAAAUUUUUCUGCGGAUGGAAUCAAAGUCCACGAAAGGAACGUUUCAGAGUGGUCUAAAAUCAUGAUUAUUGGCGGAAGAGAAACUGGAUAUGUGAAGUCCACGAAUGUUGAAGUGAUUGAUAUGGCCAAUGAAAAACAUUGUCCCAAUCAAUCUUCAUUACCUACUCUACGAUACGGCAUGCACGCAUUUAUUCUGGGGAGCAAACUUUUGAUUCUUGGUGGUAUUGGAAACUAUCAAGACAUUACCUCAUACAAUUAUGAGAACCAUCUUUGGGAGUCCAUUGGGUCUAUCGCUGCAGACCGGUCAGAUUAUUCAGUAGCCCGGAUCCAAGACUCAUGGAUCCUUAUCCUGGGCGGAUACUUUGGAAGUGGCAUCACAAACACGACUUUGGUCUUCAAUGCCAAUGGUUCCAUUAUCCCGGGUCCAGAUCUCCCCGAGCCUAAUGAAGGGUUUUGUGCUUGUGGGUUGGAUGAUAAUCAUAUAUUUAUUACUGGAGGCGUGGAUUUGAGUAGCCAGACAUUACGAACGACAUACGUCUUGGAUUGGUCCACUCAGCAAUGGACCAAUUUAGAUCCAAUGGUCUUGACGAGACAUUAUGUGGAGUGUGGAACGUUCUUGGGUACCAAUCAGGAGUUGAACAUUUUGGUCGUUGGCGGACUCGAUAGCCGGGUUAUAGUCGAUCCUAAUACAGAGAUUUUCAAUUGGCCCCAACGAACCUGGAGAGCCGGGCCAGAUUUUGUUUACCCGGAGAUAUUUUUGAAUCGAAUGACAAGUUUUGACGGGAAACUUUUCGUGUUUGGAGGAUUUGAUGAUGUGAGCAGUACGUUUUUAUCGAGUAUCCACACGUUCAUCCCAGGAAAUGAGUCUUGGGUGCGAUUCCCUCUAGACAUGAAAAUUGCACGUCGAGAUUUUGCCAUUGUGAAAAUUCCUGAGGGAAUUGUUGAUUGUUAGGUCUUCAAGAUUUCGAUGAUAUUUUCAAUUGGAGUAAUGUGUUUUGACAAAAGAGUCAAGCAUAAUUGAAAGUUAUCUAUUGUAUUUUUGGGUCGCUUUCUGUAUCAAAGAGUCAAAAAAAUACAUUCAAUACUAUUCGCAAAUUGUAAGCUGCUAUUGCCAUCAAUCGUCGUGAAAAUUCAAAGGCAUCUUGCUCGGUGUGGAAAUUGUCGUUCUUUGAGUUCUCCGUAUGUGUACUUUACCAACUCAUCGCUUUUUUGGCUUACUCUCAUACAUGCAGAUACCAAUCAGCACUUCACAUUGUUGUUAAGAUUUAUGUUAGUAAGUGUAUUCCAUCUUAUCCUUCAGUGUAUUUGUCCUUGGCAAUUCUUAUUAUCCUGAUCAAAUAUGAAA